GUUUGGAUAUCUACCUAUAGGUAACCUAUAGACAGAAGUUAGGUAAACCUUGGUUAAAACGUAGACAACCCAUGGGCUACCAAUAGGUUUAGCUUUAGAACAUGUUGGUACCUAUGGUUUGCAAAGCAAUUCCAAACGAGUUUUUAUCACCUGUGGUUAUCAAAAUGGCGCUCAAUCAACGCCAACGACGGUUGUUGAAAUUAAUUUUGAUGAUGAAUGUGACUCAAAUGGAACUUAAUGUCAUGACAUUACUCUUCACAAUGCAUAUGAAAAAUGCACAGCAGAUAUUGCUUUUCAUGGACAACAAAAAGAGUAGAGUUAUCCCAAAAGUAUCAAAUUACUAUUUAGAGACGAUACCAAGAUUCAAUGACAGGGAUUUUAAAUCUCAUUUUCGAUUGAGCAAGACAACUUGUGAGGUAUUACUGAUGAAAAUACACGAGACCACUACGAGUUUACCUCAGCCUGGUCGUCAGAUUGACAUUGAAAAGAGGUUGCUGAUGUUCUUAUGGUACAUUGGCAAUAUGGAGAGCUUCAGAUCAAUGGCUGAUAGAUUUGAUGUUUCAAAGGGAACGCUUCACGUAUCUGUGAAAUAUAUUUCAAAUGUAUUGGUCACUAAAAUCAUGCCACUCGUGAUAAGCUGGCCGACAGGAGUUAGACUACAGAAAAUUGCAGACGGCUUUUCCGAAACGUCCAGACUUGAAGGAACUAUUGGAGCAAUCGAUGGAACACAUAUUGAGAUAAAAUGUCCAUCGAAGCACAAACAAGCUUAUUUCAACAGAAAGAAAUAUCCAUCACUUGUGCUUCUUGCAGUCUGUGAUUCAAGUUUGAACUUCACGUAUGUUUUUACAGGAUGUCCAGGAAGCACUCACGAUGCAGGAGUUCUCCGACAAACCCCUCUGUAUCGAGAUGCCCCUGGAGUUAUUCCUCCCGGAAAGCACAUCAUUGGCGAUUCAGCUUUCCCUCUGAAUGCUUGGCUAAUGAAGCCAUUUAGAGACAACGGUAACCUAUCAAGGGACCAAAUAAAGUUCAAUCAAGUGCUGAGUAGUUCUAGACAAGUCAUCGAGAGAGGUUUUGGAUUCCUUAAAGGUAGAUUUAGAAGACUUAUAAAGCUGGAUGCUGUUGACAUGCAGGUAAUCGUUGAAACCAUCUUGUCCGGAUGUACGCUUCACAAUAUUUGCCUUGCAAAUGAUGAUGAAAUGUUUGACAUCGAACAUGCUAUAGGAGACGAUGAUCAAAACGGUCCAGAUCAGGUACAGGGUAACCAGGAAGGCACUGAUGUUCGACAAACACUGAUGGAAAGACUGUAAAUUUACGCUGAAUUGUAGAAUUCAUAUGCUUUUUAUGUGGUUACAUGUUUUAUUUUAUUUCGUACA